AUGGUGUGGCUUGCAGCAGAGAAGGUAUACCCUGGAGAGACUUUUCUGUCUUAUGCUGUGCUCGGUGAUGAUGUUCUCAUCGCCGAUGAGCGUGUUGCGCCAGUCUACGCCAGUAUGGUUCAAAAGCUUGGUGUGAAGAUAUCUUCUGCCAAGUCUCUUUGUUCCUCUACUGGUUGUGCAGAGUUUGCCAAAAGAUUUCUUGUGGAUGAGCUCCGCCGAGAUCUGUCACCAGUCUCGGUUAGGUGUCUCAUGAAUUCUUUCUCCCCAUUAGGCCUUUAUGGCCUUGCCCGUCAGUAUGACAUUAAGCGGUUUUACACUUUCUGUCGUAUUGGGGGAAUGGGCUACAGAA